AUGACAAUUGAGACCGGCCUCGAUGGGUGGCUGCGGUACGCUGCACUUUCUCCGGCAUUGAGCAACGCCCAGCAGCGCUAUUCGAGCAUCAUUGUCCUGGACACGGAUGAGACGAGUCCUGUUUACACGGCCGCAAAAGAGUUACAAGAUGGCCUGAAACGCAUCCUGGGCCAGGACAUUGAGUUUCACUUCCAAUUGACCGGCGGAUCUUCAUCAUCCAUAGUUGUCGGCACCCUUGAAUCAUUCUCUUCGGCGGGUGGCAACACCAAGGACAUUCCAGAGCUAAAGGAGGAUGGUUUCUGGCUGAACACCCACGCUGACAACAACUGCGUCCAUAUCGUUGGUCAAAAUGAGCGCGGUGCUAUAUAUGGUGCGUUUGAGUACCUCAUGCGUCUGGCACAAGGAAACUUUGAUCCUGUUGCAUCUGCAAGCAACCCGAGUGCCCCUAUUCGAUGGGUCAACCAGUGGGACAACCUGGAUGGAAGUAUCGAGCGGGGAUAUGCAGGCCCAUCUAUAUUCUUCAAAGAUGGUGAGGUUGUCAAAGACAUGACCCGCAUAGCUCAGCUCGCUCGACUCCUCUCGUCGGUCCGGAUCAAUGCUGUGGUAGUCAACAACGUCAAUGCAAACCCCAAGCUUUUCAGCGAGUCGAAUCUCGAUGGUCUACAUCGCAUUGCAAAUGCCAUGCGUCCCUGGGGCGUAAGAAUUGGCAUCUCGCUAUACUUUGAUUCGCCCAAGGAGUUUGGUGGGCUACCUACCUCUGACCCUUUGGACCCCGCUGUGAACGACUGGUGGAACGAUAUCACCGCCAAAGUAUACCGGAAGGUUCCCGAUCUCGUCGGAUACACAAUCAAGGCCAAUUCAGAGGGCCAGCCAGGACCGCUAACGUACAACCGUACCUUAGCCGAUGGCGCCAACAUGUUUGCCCGGGCCUUGAAACCCCACGGCGAUGGUGUCGUCAUGUACCGCGCCUUCGUAUACAACCAUCACCUCGAUGAGUCUGUAUGGAAACACGAUCGCGCUAAUGCAGCGGUCGAUUAUUUCAAAGAUCUUGAUGGGAAAUUUGACGACAAUGUCAUUGUUCAGAUCAAAUGGGGCCCUAUUGAUUUCCAAGUCCGUGAGCCACCCUCACCUUUAUUGGCCAACCUUCGCAAGACCAAAGCCGCCAUCGAGUUCCAGGUGGCGCAGGAGUAUCUCGGCCAACAGUCUCAUUUUGUUUACAUGGCUCCUCUCUGGAGAGAAAUUCUUGAUUUCGACAUGAGAAUAGAUGGUCGUUCCUCCCACAUCCGUGAUAUAGUUUCUGGCGAACGUCUUGGGUGGAACCGCAGCGGCUACACCACUGUCCUUAACAUCGGGAGUGAUUCAACCUGGAUCGGGCAUCAUCUUUCUAUGUCUAACCUGUAUGCCUACGGCCGGAUUGCCUGGGACCCUCUCUCGGAUCCAGUCUCUGUCAUUCAAGAAUGGACACGUCUCACCUUUGGUCUGGACAAGACCAUCGUUGACAUCAUCGCCAAGAUAUCAAUGGAGUCGUGGCCUACUUAUGAGAACUACAGUGGAAACUUGGGCGUCCAGACCCUAUGCGACAUUAUCUACACCCACUACGGUCCUAGCCCUGGCUCCCAGGAUGGUAACGGAUGGGGUCAAUGGACACGCGCAAAUGCCCAUUCAAUCGGCAUGGAUCGCACGGUCGCUACUGGCUCUGGGAACUCCGGCCAAUACCCAGCAGAGGUCGCUGCCAGAUAUGAGAAUAUUGAAACCACACCUGAUAAUCUUCUUCUCUGGUUCCAUCACGUUCCGUAUACUCAUCGUUUGAAGUCCGGCAAGACAGUUAUCCAACAUUUCUAUGACGCACACUAUGAAGGUGCGGCGCAUGCACAAACUUUCCCCUUGGAAUGGGCAAAAUUGAAGGGCCUCAUUGAUGAUUAUCGUUUUGAGCAAGUUGCAUUCAAAUUGCAGUACCAGGCCGGCCAUUCAAUUGUCUGGCGGGACAGUGUCAACUACUUCUAUUUCGCGAAAUGUGCUUUCUGGCUACAAGGUUGUCUCUGUUACACCCGCCGAGGCAGCUUCUGGGGGAAAGCCGUCAUUACCGAAACAAACGAGGCACCCGGCACCGCCCAAAAGGAACUCACCUUCCCAUCUGGCACAUACAAUAUUGCUGUAAACUACUAUGACCAUUUGGGUGGACGGGCCAAGUACGAAAUUUCCCUUGGGGGAAAGUUGAUUGGAUCUUGGGUUGGUGACCUGGAAGACAGACUUGGACACGACUUCUCGGAGUACUUGGAUGGUCACUCUGCAACCAGGGUUACCUUCCGUGGAAUCAAGGUCGAACAAGGCGACUUGCUGAAAAUCGUCGGCCAACCUGAUGGUAGUGAGCUUGCGCCUCUGGAUUAUGUUUCCAUUUUGCCCGAGGGGACCAUUGAUUAA